GAGAGUGGAGAGUUGCAGACAAACUCAAUCUCCAACCUUCAAUUAUUUUUAAAUCUGUUGCUAAAUAACUAUUGAAUGAAAAAAUCUGCCACUUUAGAUGAAUACAUAUGAUUAAUAGUAAAACAGCCUAAUUCUAGAAAUAUGACGCUUAGCAAAGGCUAAGGGCUUAUUUAAUUAAUCAAUAUUUCAACUUCAGCUAAUUCCGUAAAUUAUGGAUUGCAGGUUUUGUAGGUCGUAAAACGUAUCCAGUUUCCCAAACCGCACUACCUUGAAUUUUGAUAAAUUAUAUCAAAUACCAUAAAAUUAUCUGCCAAUGAAAUACCCAUGUUUUUUUUAAUAUUUAAAUCAUUCCUAUAAAUAGCCUAGGUAUCGUCAUUUGUCGGAUGCAUUGGUUUAUGGAUCGGUUCUAGAAAGUGAUGGUAUUUAUUUAUUCAUGUGAAGACGUGAGACCGCAGUGAACAGAAAACGAACUGCGCACCGAGUUAAUUCUAGGUUAUUGCAGGCAGUCCACACCACUAUUAUCAUCAGCAUCUCCGCCGUCUCCAACAGCAGCACCGCUGUCGCAGUGGACGGGAGGGAAGGAAAAAAGCCCCCAAAACAUUGCGUGCUGUUGUUUAUGUUUUAACAUGAGGAGCAGAUUCAACUUCGCGCUUAUGCUGUGGGCUUUUCUGCUACUUGUCUGUAUUGAUGCGACCGUCUCUGACCAGGAGGUAAAUGAAGCCUCGUGUGGCCCCUCGUUGUGUGAAGGUGAAGGAGACUGCUACACGCUGCAGCCACAGGAUGCUAUCACAGAUUUAUCGUUCCCAACCGAAGGGCGCUGUCAACCCAAUCCGUGCCACAAUGGCGGUGCCUGUGAAACCACGAGCGACCACGGGGAGAUUGUCCUGGGCUAUGUGUGCGUCUGUCUGCCUGGCUUCACCGGAAUCCACUGCCAACACAAUGUGAAUGAGUGUGACAGCGAGCCCUGCCAGAACGGGGGAGUGUGUCAGGACGAGGCAGCCCAGUACACGUGUGUGUGUCCAGCUGAAUACUAUGGUCCCGACUGCCAGCACAGGUGCUCGGGGCCGAUCGGCAUGGAGGGGGGGACGGUGUCUGACGACCAGCUGUCCUCGUCCUCGUCGGACCGCACGGUGUGGGGUCUGCACCGCUGGCUGCCCCAGCGGGCGCGGCUCCACCUCCCAGGGCUGGUCAACGCCUGGAGCCCUGCCGAGAGCGACCUCUGGCCCUGGAUACAAGUGAACCUGCAGCAGCGGAUGCGUAUAACAGGGGUGAUCACCCAGGGGGCUCGGCGGCUGGGGAGGUCAGAGUUCGUUAAAACGUAUCGGGUUGCUUACGGCGACGAUGGAAAAACAUGGAGGAUGAUCAAAGCCAAAGGAAGCAAGGAAGAUAUGCUUUUCCAUGGCAACACAGACAGCAGGUCGUCCAUGGCCAACGCCUUCUCUCCACCAAUCGAAGCCGAGUACAUCCGCAUUUACCCCCAGCUCUGCUGGGGACACUGCACCCUGCGCAUGGAACUGCUGGGCUGUGACCUCACAGGCUGCUCCGAGCUCCUGGGCCUGCGGUCCGGCGAGGUGCACGACUCCCAGCUGUCGGCCUCCACCGUGCACCUCACCCUGGGCAUGGAACUGCUCUCCUGGAGGCCCGAGUACGCCCGGCUGGGCCGCAGGGGCAAGGUGAACGCCUGGGCGGCCGCGCGCAACGACCAGGCCCAGUGGCUACAGGUGGACCUGCUCACCCCCACCAACAUCUCGGGGGUGAUCACCCAGGGAGCCAAGGACUUUGGUCGGGAACAGUUUGUCAGCUCCUACAAGCUGACCUACAGUCAGGACGGCAGAGACUGGACGACCUUCCAGGACGAGGAGCGACACAACGACAAGGUUUUCCAGGGCAACUCUGACAACAAGAGAGCCAAGAAGAACGCCAUCAAGCCCCCCAUACACGCUCGCUUCAUCCGGCUCGUCCCCUGGUCGUGGCACGGGCGGAUCACCGUGAGGAUGGAGCUGCUUAUUUGCCGGGGCGAUGAAUGAAUCCAUCUUGUUUGUUUUUAGAAUUAACAAAGAUUUUGAGCAGUGGUUUGUUUCAGGGAGGUUACUCGCAUUUAUUGACUGUGAAUUAUUUGUGUGCCAUUUUAUUGUUAUUUUUUUGCAUUACCAAACGUGUUGUGGAACAUGCUUAUUCAAAACGUAUACUUGAUCUUGUAAUAGUAGGGCUACUGGCCACAGUACUUCACAGUCACCUUUGAACAGCACUGCAUUUACUGUGAUAUGUGAACGAUUCUGGUUCGCAAAACUGUGGUUGACAUUAGUAAAUUGUUAGCACAAAUGUAUAGAUUGCCGGUUAUACCACUUCCUGAAAAUGGUGUUUCUCAGUAUUGUUCUGUGGACCAUUACAUUUGAUAUAAUGUACUCUGCCAAUGAAUAUAUUUGAUUGUAAUACAUGGUGCAUUUGAUACAAAGCCUGUAAAAUACAUUUAAAACAGAUUUCGUUGACCCAUGUCCGAAUGUGAAAUACAGUCAGAAAUAAUA